UCUGUGAUACCUGCUCUGUUUCACACAGAAAUGAAUCUCCUGAGCUUCACUGUGGUUCUGGGGCUCCUGGUUGGGGUAUGGGCUCAACUCAACAUACGAAGGCCUCUGUGUGAUUCCCCUGAGGCAGAGCAGGCUGCUCUGGUGGCUCAGGAUUACCUCAAUGCUCAACACCAGCAUGGCUACAAGUACAUACUGAACAGGAUCGAAGACAUCAAGGUCUACACGAAACCAGAUGGAGAUGAGUAUGACCUGGAAGUUGACCUGCUGGAGACAGACUGUCACGUGUUGGACCCGACUCCUCUUGCCAACUGCACAGUCAGGCCCAAAGUACUGACGGCGGUGGAAGGAGACUGUGACGUGGUGCUGAAGAAGGUCGGCGAUGCUCUGAAGGUCAUCGCGUUCAAGUGUAAAACAGAAGAAUCCACAGAGGAUUUUUGCCUGGGCUGUCCCACCCUGCUUCCCCUCAAUGACACCACAGCGCUGGAUUUUGUUCGUGUCUCUCUGGAAACCUUCAACAACAUCACUGUGAAUACCACACACGUUCUUCUGGAGGUUGGAAGGAUGUCGUCACAGAUUGUGUCUGGUGGGCCAAUCUUCAUAGCAGAAUACGUCGUGGUCGAGGGCAAUUGUACCGAGGAUGUCUGUGUGCCCCUGGCUGAUGCCAUGGCUGCUCGUGGGAUUUGUACUGCCAAAGGUACAAUCGCCCAGCACACUGUGGACUGCAAGACCUUUUCCACUCUGAUACCAACUGUAGAUGCCAACAGCACUGCACCUGCAGACCCUGUCUUACCACCAGUGGUUCAUGUGCACACACACAAGCACGGUCUGAGGCUCCACAAACUGACAGCUCACCACAACCCUCAUCUAAGCGGCCUUUUGUCUGCAGAGUCAGCUGAAGUUGUGCCUGUAGUCCCUGCUGUUACAGGUGCUGCUCCUGUACCCGCUGCAGAUCCUGCUUCUGCUGCAGAUCCUGCUCCUGCUGCUGAUUACGACUCAGCUGGAGAUGCUUUAUGGAGUAGAGAACGUCCUCCCAACUUUAAGAAGAGAGAUGUAUCUGCUGCAGCUUCCCUCAUAGUGGCUGACGCCCCUGCAGUUAUGGCAGUGUGUCCAGGAAGAGUCAGAUUCUUUUAAGUGUUCAAGUCCUACAAACUAUACUUCCUUUCACUAGAGA